AUGUCUCGUCGCUCAACCGUGACCCGCCUGCGCAACCUGAUGACGUCGUUCAACGGGAUCUACGCUUUCAUGGAGAGCUACGACGCAAGCAAGCAGGCCGGCGAGCUGGUUAUGCGGCUGGAGAAGCUCGAGCCGCUGUGGGACAAAAUCGACGAUGCCAUCACGGAGGCGGAGCUAGCGGACAGUGAGGAGGGGACCGGCGAGGAGGAGAGAGACCACUACACUGUGGCGUGGGAGUUACUGGAAAAGCGGUUCGGCAACACCAAGCACAUGAAGAAGCUGGAAAUCAAGAGUUUGUUUGACCUACCAACUUUGCGGAAGGAGUCGGUUGCUGAGCUACGCGAACUGGUGGAAGGAUUCGACAAAACCGUUCGAGUUCUGGAUCAAGUUGUGAAGUACGCCAAGUACAGGGAUCUUCUUCUUGUUCAUCUGCUGUGCUCUCGUUUGGACGACAAAACGCUGCGCAGCUGGGAGGAGCACGUGUCCACGAAGACGGAAGAGACUUUCCAGGAUCUGAUCGACUUCCUGCGUCGGCACAUCUGUGUUCUGGAAUCUCUGCCUACCAAACACCAAGAGUCCCACCAGUCCAAACCCCGUAAAGCUUUCGCCACCAAGGUCUCCAACCAAAACACGGUCCAUUCCAAUCCCAACUUCGGCUUCAGCGAGAGGGAGAAGAUCGUCAAUCAGAACGCGCUGUGCAGAAACUGUUUCCGGAAGGGCCACAUCGCUAGGAAUUGUACUUCCAGGUUUUCGUGUCAGCGAUGUAAGGAACGCCACCAUACGCUGGUCUGCUACAAACCGGAAGGAAAACCCAACCUAUGUCCAGCCAUCCCAGCAAGGCCAACCAAGGAGGAGGCAGGAACGGCGGCGACCGCUGAGUCGUCCUCUGCUGCUGUCGCGGAGACACGUACGGCGAACACCAGUUCUGCAGCUACGGUCGGAAAGGUGCUUUUAGCAACCGCAGUACUUUUGCUCGUCGACGAUGCUGGACAGGAGUUUCCAGCAAGGGCACUUUUGGACUCUGGGUCAGAGUGCAAUAUCGUCUCCACCAAACUCGCUCAACGGAUGCACGUGUCCCGGAACAAGGCAAACGUGCAGAUUUCCGGUGUUGGUCAAGUACCUACAAAAACUUCGCAGAAGGUUCGAGCCACGGUCAAGUCCAGAUUGUCGAAGUACUGCGAGGUCAUGGAGUUUUACGUUUUGGCCAAGGUGACUGAAGAUCUACCAACCUCCCCGGUGGAACCAACUAGCUGGACUGUCCCCGAAGGUGUCCAACUGGCGGACCCUGAAUUCUUCAGAACCAACCCUAUCGAUGUUUUGCUCGGCGGAGAGUUCUUCUUUAACUUCUUCCCAUCCAAACAGAGGAUCUCGCUUGGAGCAGGACUACCAUCCCUGGUCGAAUCGGUGUUCGGCUGGAUCGUGACUGGCAGGUGCGGCUGGAACCGUGGAGAAGCACCGAUCGUAUGCCAGCAUUCAACCGUAACGGAAACCUUGGAGGAAAUUAUGACCAAAUUCUGGGAAUGCGAGGACGGAGGAUUUACUUCCGAUUAUUCCGUGGAGGAGAGCACGUGCGAGGACCACUACGUGCGCACCGUCAAGCGAGGUGGAGACGGUCGGUACACCGUUGGAAUGCCAAAGUCGGCUGAUUUGCACAUCAAGCUAGGAGAAUCGAAAAGCGCUGCUGAUCGUCGUCUUCUUUUCCUUGAGAGAAGGUUGGCUCGCGACGAUGACCUGAAGAAGGAGUACCAUGCGUUCAUGAAGGAUUACUUGGACAGGAACCACAUGUGCAAGAUCAUCGAAGACCCGACAAGCACCGCGACCACCUACUACCUCCCACACCACCCCGUCAUCCGAAGUUCCAGCACAACAACGCGCGUCCGUGUCGUAUUUGAUGCGUCAAGCAAAACCUCCACUGGGACAUCCCUAAACGACGUUCUGCUGAACGGCCCAGUCAUCCAGGACGACCUGCGCACCAUCAUCUCCCGAAGCCGCCUUUUUCCCAUCCUUCUCGUCGCAGACGUGGAGAAAAUGUUUCGGCAGAUUCGGAUGGACGCCGAGGACCUACCGCUGCAGAGAAUUCGCUGGCGCUUCUCGGAGGACGAUCCCAUCGACACGUACGAGCUGCUAACCGUGACGUACGGCACCAAACCGGCGCCGUUCCUGGCCACCCGAACCCUGAAGCAGCUGUCCGUCGAUGAUGCAACCAAGUACCCACUGGCCGCCGUGAGGAUCGCGCGAGAUGUUUACAUGGACGAUGUAAUCACUGGUGCAUACCACCCUGCCGAAGCGAAACAAAUUCGUGAACAACUGGACACGAUGACGCUGGGAGCAGGUUUUCCGCUUCGCAAGUGGGUCUCCAACUGUGAGGAAGCGCUCGAGGGUGUGAGUGAGGACAACUUGGCGCUACCGAGAGAGACGGGGAUCGAUUUCGACGAAGAGAGGACCGUGAAGACUCUUGGGUUGGUCUGGGAGCCGAAAACUGACACGUUCCGCUUCAAGAUUGAGUCGACGCUGAUCCCACCGAACGAGCUGACCAAGGCCAAAAUACUCUCUAUCAUUGCCAAAAUUUUCGAUCCUUUGGGGCUUGUUGGACCGGUGGUGGCUAAGGCAAAGAUCUUUAUGCAGGGAAUCUGGGAGCUGAAGAACGCGAAGGGCAAACCCUGGGACUGGAACGAUCCUCUGCCGAAGUCGAUGCUGGACGAGUGGAUGCAGUUCUACGAGCAGCUGCACUACCUGAACAACCUCGAUGCUUCCGAGAAGGCACUGGGGGCGAAUCUGUACAUCCGUUCUGAGGACAAGAGGGAGAGUCAAGGUGUCAUUCUUCACGUCCAAAUCCCGGGUCGCUCCUCUCAAGCGACAACCCAUUCCCGGCUCGAGCUGAACGGAUUUUGGCUAGCCGCAGACAUGUACCGGAAGUUCAAGGAGCGCACAACUUUCCGUUUCGAAACCUUCUUCUGGACGGAUUCCAGAACGGUCCUGCAGUGGCUUGCGAAACCCCCAAGAACGUGGAAUGCCUACGUGGCAAACCGUGUCUCCUUUAUCCAGCAUAUUACCCAAGGUUGCCACUUGUUCCAUGUACCCGGAGUCAUGAACCCAGCUGACCAGCUGUCCAGAGGACUGGACCCCAAGGAGUUCAUUGACGGAGAUUGGGACCCGUUGUGGAUGUACGAGACGAGUUCCUGGCCUGCCCAAGCAACACCCGAAGAGGAGACCGAAGAUUGCGCCAAGGAGAGGAGAAAACACGUCGAGUCAGCUGCUGCAGUUUCUGCCAAGUCAUUCAACGAAUCGUAUUUUGCGAAGUUCAACGAAUACUGGAAGCUGAUCCGCACGACCGCCUACUGGAGACGGUACCUGCGCAAUCGUCGUUUACCGGAAGCCGAGCGUACCCUGUCAGUCCCGCUAACCACCAAGGAACUACAAGAAGCGGAAUGGUGUCUCGCACGGCUGGUCCAGCAAGAAGCUUUCAGCAGGGAACUCCAGGACCUGUCCAAAGGCAAACCUGUCCACAACACCUCGAAGCUACGGUGGUUCAACCCGCAACUCUCCAAGGAAGGUGUCAUCCGCGUGGGAGGACGGUUGGGCAACUCCGACCGAAACGAGAACUUCAAGCACCCGAUUAUCAUCCCAGGAAACCACCACUUCUCCAAACUUCUGGCCGACUGCCUGCAUCUACGACUGUUUCACGCCGGAACUCAGCUGAUGCUAGCGACGAUGCGACAGAAGUUUUGGCCGCUGAGAGGACGAGACCUGUGUCGGCAGACCACACACCAGUGCAAGGACUGUUUUAAGGCGAAACCUCAACUUUUACAGCAAUUUAUGGGACAACUACCAACUCCAAGAACGAUCGCCGCUCGACCAUUCACCAAUACAGGCGUAGACUACUUUGGGCCAGUCUACAUUAGGCAAGGGUAUAGAAGGGGGCCGGUUAAGGCUUACGUAGCUGUGUUUGUUUGCUUUGGAACUAAAGCGGUCCACUUGGAACUGGUUUCGGACCUGUCCACCGCCAAGUUCCUCCAAGCACUGCGUCGGUUCGUGGCUCGCCGGGGAAAGCCAGCCGACAUGUAUUCCGACAAUGGCACAAACUUUGUCGGCGCGAAAAAUGACCUCAAAGAGCUUCUGCACAACCUCAGGCACGAGAAACACCACGAACACAUCCAGCACGAAUGCUCACAGGAGGGUAUAAAUUGGCACUUUAUCCCUCCUGGCGCUCCCCACUUUGGUGGGCUCUGGGAAGCCGCUGUUAAGUCCGCCAAGAAACACCUUCUCCGCGUUGUUGGUCAAUCCUCCAUCUCACACGAGGACUACAUAACCCUCCUCGCCCAGGUAGAGGCUUGCCUCAACUCAAGACCCCUCACGCCCCUCACUGAAGAUCCCUCCGACCUCGAACCGCUAACCCCCGCUCACUUCCUGAUCGGGACAUCCCUAGAAGCUGUGCCGGACAAGAACUAUUCCGAGAUCCCGAACAACCGCCUCACACACUGGCAGAGCAUCCAACAGCAGCUUCAACAUUUCUGGCGUCGGUGGCAUACGGAGUACCUGCAACAACUACAAGCUCGUGUUAAGAACUGGCAGCCUGCGAUAGAAAUUCGCCCUGGACGUCUUGUCAUCGUGGUCGACGAGAACCAACCGUCGAUGAAGUGGAAGAUGGCACGAAUACACGAGAUUCAUCCCGGCGCUGAUGGUGUGGUCCGCGUAGUUACGCUUCGGACUGCUACUGGAUACCUGAAGAGACCAGUUACGAAGAUUUGCCUGUUACCAAUACCAGCAGAAUCGAUCGAGGAAGAAAAGGCAGAGACUGCUGAAAUCGGUCGGAUUCCAAACCCAUCCGACAAGAGCCUGAAGUCGUGCCAGGAACGAUCGCCGGAGUACUCCAUCCCAUCCCGGAUCCGGCCAUUAACCCCAAGGACCGCCUGCCACAGGAGUGGCCGCGCGGAAAGCCCGGAGCCCGGAGCAUCCCACAUCCCAACCAACCAGGACGCAAAGCAAAGCCGACGGUGGCAGCAGCCAGGAAUCGGACGCGGAAACCUUCGUGAGCCAAACAGCAGCAGCGGAACGCAUUCGAAGGAGGGAGGUGCGGGUGCGGGACGAGGUGAAGUGCUCAAAACGGACAAGGCGAGCUUCCUGCAGGAACUGCAGCUGUUCCACGACCGGAAUGGGAAAGAAGAAAGCUUGGGUGUUUUGUGGGGCUUGUGA